AUGCAAGCCCCCUUCGAAGACGACAUGGUAACGUCCAAGAAACUCGAGUCUCGGACAAUCGUACAAGUGACAGAGUGCAAAGAGCUCUCCUCGUCCGAAGAUUCGACUCCAAGCCCCGCCUACUCGAGCGAUGCAGAGGAAGACGGUGCAAGCAUGGUCAUCGACGCGGCACGAUCAAGGCUUCUGCACGAGUCAAACGACUUGGAGGAUCCAUUACCACUCUCAGAACAAGUGGCAAGCGGGCCGAUGCUAGAUGCAGAUUCUGCGCCGGCAACUGAUCUCCAAGCCGCCUUCAUCCAGAGCGGCCAGAGCACGAUCCACUACUUUGAGACAUGGCAUCUCGAAGACUUGCCCUUCAUCAAGUACGCUUGGAAGACAGUCAUGGCCCUUGAGCCCAUCUUCCGGACGACGUUUGAAGAAGCCGGCCCCGGCGCAUAUGUGAUGCGCAAGGGCGAGUUCCAAUUCCCAUGGACGGACGUGGUGACGUUUGACCGCAAGGCGUACGAGGAAGAAUUGACAAGAGUGGAGGGGCAAGCCGGGCCGACGUUCGUCUUCAAGAGCGUGGUGUACAAGGCGUCGGGCAGCAGCAGGCAUAGCCAUGGCGACAGCGAGGCCACGAUUAUGCUUUCCAUCCAUCACGCCCUCCUGGACGGAUUCGCCAUGCAACGGCUAGCUGACAAGGUUCGGCGGGUGGCAGCAGGAGAGACAGGAGCGGGAGUGAAAGCAGGCAAGUCGUUCUUGUCGGUCGCGCGAGAGCUCGAGAUGGUGAGGAGAGAGCACAGGGCAGCGGCGACAGAAUAUUGGAACAAGCGCGUGCAAGGCCAUGCGGGGGCGGCUACCGGUCCAGACGUGCGCAAGCCGAUGCAAGAAGCGAAGCAACCCAGCAGUCAGCGGAUGCGCAACGAAGUCAACGUCGACUUUGCGCACUUAAGCGGGCGGCUGCAGGCCAGGUCCAGGCAGCUGGGAGUCACAGUAGCCGCUCUGUUCCAUGCAGCCUGGGCGGUGGUGCAGGCCAUGUAUGCCGACAGCAGCCGUGUGGUGUUUGGGACCAUUAUGAGCGGGCGGAACACGGCCCUCGACGGCAUCGACACAGUCAUUGGGCCACUGCUCAACUCCCUGCCAUUACACGUGAGUGUCGACGAGGACAUGACGACGGACGAGAUGGUGCAGGGCGUGUUCCGCGAUCUCGUAGAGCUCUCGUGCUACCAGUGGAGCACGUGUGAACACGGCUUCGAGCGCGACUUUGAGGCGGCCCUGUCGGUCACGCGAGGGCUCGACAGCGACCCGACACGUGACGGCAUGCGCCCUAUUCGGCCGGUGCGGUACGACUUUGAGAGCAGCAUCCCGCUGAGCCUGGCGCUCGACGAAGCGGCCAUGACGCUGCGUGCUGUGUACCAUACUGACAAGUACGCAGCGUGCGUAGUCGAGGACAUGGCGGCAUGCUUCGUGAGCGCGCUGGAGCGGCUGACUCACUCGAUACGCAUGCAGCAGUGCCUGGGCGGCGUCAUGACAGUGCCCAUACAGGGCCGCCUUCGCGCAUGGGGGAAUUGCCUGUCCGGAUUCACGACGCGUGCCGCGCACCAGAGUGAGGAUCUCGUGUCAGUAUUCGAGACGACGGCACGCUUGCACGCCGAUGCCGUCGCUGUAGAGAUGGGCAGCGUGCGCGUCACGUACGCCGAGCUUAACUGGCUUGCGUCGCGCACCGCUCAGAGGCUCAAGGAGCUUGGUGUUGGUGUUGGCGGUGGUGGUAGUGACCAGGUCGUGUGUGUGCAUGCCGACGGCAGCUUGGAAUGGAUCGUGGGCCUGUUAGGGGCGCUCAAGGCCGAGGCGACGUUUUGCAGUCUCGACGUGACGCUGCCGCACCAGCUGCGCAGCGACAUGUUUGGAGCAGCGCGGAGCCGUGUCUUUGUCAUUGGCCAUGAAUGGCAGAGGCAGUUCGUUCCCGAUGGCUGCACCCACUGCCUCGUCCAGGAACCGAUGUCCCGUCUUCCCGCCACACCUGAAACAGCCACCAGCACCGCCACCGCCGUCACCAGCCGGACGCCGCGCCCACGGGCCCCAGCGUACCUCUGCUUCACGUCCGGCUCGACGGGGAAGCCUAAGGGCGUGCUCUGCACACACCAGGCCCUCGUCGCCUUCCAGAGCGACCUCCAGGUGCGGCUGCAUGCCGCGCCCGGCGUUCGCAUUGCCCAGUUCAUGUCGCCGGCAUUUGAUGGCAGCAUCCACGAGACCUUUUCCGCCCUGGGGCACGGCGCCACACUAGUGCUGCGCCCCCAGGCCUCAGCCGCUGACCCCUUCUCGGUGCUGCAUCACGUGAGCAGCGCUAUCAUGACGCCAUCAGUCGCGCGCUCUCUGCUGCCCGCCGACUUCUCGAACCUCGAAACCGUGUACCUCGUGGGCGAGCAAGUGCCGCCCUCCGUCGUCGAUGCAUGGGCGCCGGGCCACAAGCUCUACAACAUGUACGGCCCAACCGAAGGGACUGGGGGCGCCACCAUCACGCGCCUCCACCCGCGCCGACCCGUCACCAUCGGCCGCCCUAAUCUCACGUCGCGGUUGUACAUCCUGGGCCGCGACGGCCGCCUGCUUCCCCCUGGCGCCGUGGGCCAAAUCCACAUUGCGGGCGUGCAGGUGGCGCUGGGGUACGCCAACAUGCCCGUCGAGACGGCUGCCCGCUUCGUCCCAGAUACCGUGUGCCCGGAUCUGGGUGAGCUCAUGUAUUGCACCGGCGACGACGGGUACUGGGACCACAACGGCGAGGUUGUGUGUCUCGGUCGUAGAGACCGCCAGCUCAAACUGCGCGGCUUCAGGCUCGAUCUGGAUGAUCUUGAGACGCGCAUUGUCAAGACGAUUCCUUCGGUCAGGGCGGUGGCGCUCGCGAAAUCUGCAAGGGGGGAUGGACUGGUGGCCAUGGUGCAGCCGGCUAGUCUGUGUCGAGAUGCAGUCAGAGACGCCAUGCGGCACACGCUGCCUAGAGCCGCUGUGCCUUUGGACAUUGCUUGCGUCGACGAGUUCCCCUUAACGAGAGCCGGGAAAGUUGAUGCGCAGGCAAUCACAGUCUUGCUCUCUGCACAUUAG